GAAGUUCUCGAGUCCCAUUGGGCCUCCUCCCUACUUCUAUUGCUACAAUCCCGAAAACAUCGCAGACUGCGGACUCCACCCUUGUGGUUUUGUGGGAAACACUUUUCAACCUAAUCCAACCUCUAUAAAUAAUGAUAAUAAUUAAUACCCACACCGCUUCCUCGUACACUCCAUGCCCGGCAACUCCCAAGUUCUUUCUUUUCACAGUGAGGCGAUGGAGAGGGAGAGACACGAUCAUCUUUUUCAGGCGAGGGUUGCAGAGCAGGCUGAGAGAUACCAAGAGGUGAUUGAAGCAAUGAAGAAACUUGCUGAACUUAAUGUGGAGCUGACGGUUGAGGAAAGAAAUUUGAUCCGCAUCGGAUAUAAAAAUGUCAUUGGAGCAAGAAGGGCAUCAUGGCAAGCACUGUCUUCUUUCGAAAAGGAAGAGGAAGCUAAGGGAAGUCGAAAGAAUGUGAAAGGGAUAAAGGAUUAUAAGCGCGUGGUUGAAGUUGAACUUUCUAACAUAUGUAAUGACAUGUUGGCUGUCAUUGAUGAGCACCUCCUUCCUCAUUCUCAAGUGACAGAAUCGAUAGUCUUUUACUAUAAGUUGAAAGGAGACUACUAUCGGUAUCUAGCUGAGAUUAAAACUGGUGAGGAUCGUAAGGAUGCUGCAGAUCAAUCCCUUGAGGCUUAUGAGACUGCCACAAGUAUUGCAGACUCAGAUCUGGUCCCUACCCAUCCAUUUAGACUUGGGCUGGCUCUGAACCAUUCUGUUCUCUACUACGAGAUUUUGAAUUCCCCUAAAAGGGCAUGCUCUAUGGCUAGACAAGCAUUUAAUUAUGCACUUUCAGAACAUGAUACCCUCAGUGAAGAAUUUUGCAAAGACAGCAAUCAAAUCAUGGAGCUUCUAAGGGAUAAUAUCGCAUUAUGGUCCCAAGAUCUGCCAGAUGAAAGAUGUCAGCAAUCUUAAAAGGUGAUGAACAUGGAGUGUCCAUACUGAAUUUUUUGGAUGCAACUUAGAACUUAGAAGGGAGCAAUUCUUUGAGGCAGUGCUGUGCAUUUUUUAUGAGAAACGGAGCUCGUGCGAUAUUCUUAAGUGUGAUAUAGGGUUUCUUUUUUCGGAUAGAUGCGGGUUUUUUUUUUUUUUUCCCAAUUUUGAUAACAAUUUUUUCCCCCUUUUAGAUUACGGAGUUGUGUAUAUAUAUUUAUAUAUAUAAUCUCACAGUUGGUGGUUGACAUGCCUUUUUCUUGGUUUGAACUUAUAGGUUUUUCAUUUUCGUAUUUACUCUCCUAUCCUAUUGAUGAGAAAUUAUUGGAUAAA